AUGUCCCACGCCCCCGACGAAUCCCAGCUUCUCUACUUCUCGGCGUAUGGCCAGGACGUACUAGUUGGCAACCCCGAAAACGAGGACGAUACUCACCUUGUGACGCGCGAGCACCCCCUGGGCUAUGAGUUCUUCGCCCACGCUUUCAAUAGCGAGGGGUUGCAGUCCACGGCAUCGUACCUUGACGAGUCCGGCGCGGUGGUGAGCAUCGGGUCUGCCCUAGAGGCCACGGACGUCAUCAGCGACGAAGAAGAUAGUGAGAUCACUGUGUCCACCUCCCGUAUGGAGCAGAUGGAGAAGAUGGUGUGGCACACUGCGAUCAGCGCCGCCCAUCAACGAGAGAAGAUAGAGCAGAGACGCGCUGGUCAGAGGAAGGAGCGCAACUUCGGGCGUAAGCAGACGCAGAAGCUCAAUAAAAGGGGGCUGGGGAGGGUUCGAAAACAACCCGACCUGCCCACUACAUACCCGGUGAUGGGUUCCUCCUCCGUGGCGCCCCCCGAGGAGGCUAUGGCCGAGAUGGACUGA